AUGACUAGAUACUGCAAUGUAGUGAGAAAAUUAGAGAAGAAGUUUGAGGGGUUGGAACUCCACCACAUACCUCGACUCAAGAAUCAAGCAGCUGAUGAUCUGGCGAAAAUAGGUUCCACUUGGAAGCCUAUUCCCAGUAAUGUGUUCUUGGAGCAUCUCCAGACCCCGUCAGUUCAAGAAGAUCCUUUUACAGAGGAGCCCCCGCAACCGAUAAGUUCAACCAAUCCGACUGAAGUUGAAGUGCCAGCGGUUGUCGACCUGAUCAUGGAAGUUUUUGUGAUCAUCCCCGACUGGACUGUGCCAUACAUUGCAUACCUGCUCAGGCAGGAGCUUCCGGAGGAUGAGGAUGAGGCUCAUCAGAUUUUGUACUCUGAGCUGCGCCACAAGUACAACGUGCGGUCGCACUCUGAGCUGCACCACAAGUACAACAUCUGGGUGCACUCUGAGAUGCGCCACAAGUACGACGUCUAUUCCGAGUGA